AUGUUGUGGAUAUUUCGGGUGCUCUUGAGCACCAUCUUCUUGCUGAGCGUCGUCCUCUCGAUCCCAAUCGCCUUUGAUGUCGGCGGUCGCGACGCCGGGCUCGCCUACAGCCUGGCGCUCUUCCUCUACUACAGCGCCUACUCGUCCAUCAAGAUCGCCGUGCGCCUCGUCGCCCCGUCCGACCGCGCCAGCGCGCAGCGCCUCCGCUGGACCGUCGCCGCCACCCUACGCCUGUCGCAGUGGGUUGUCAUUCCCAGCCUGCUGAUCUGGUCCUUGAGCCGCUUCUCCAUCGACGCGAGCAGCACCGACUGGGUCGCCCGCACCGUGGCCCACGUUACCGGCGGGGAGAGUGGUGCCAGCAAGGUCGUAAGCAGCGUCAUCGGCGCAAGCACCGCCGGUGGUGUUGGCGGCGGCGGCGGCGGAGGCGGCUUUGGCAUCUCCAACUUUUUCGGCCUCAUCAGUCGAGGUGCCAGCAGCAGCAGCAGCAGCGUCAGCAGUAAGAUUCGUGCCAGCGCGUCUGCCAGCGCCGCCAGUGCGAGUGCCUCGUCCUCCGUCUUUACGAGCCGGCCGGCCAGCACGAGCUGGAGCGACUGGAUUUUUGGCCGCGGCGGUAUUGUCGAGUCGGCGGCCCUGGGCGGUUGGGACAAGUCGCUGCAGUACUCGAGCCCCAUUUUCCAGGUCCUCGAGGGCUUCUGCACACUGCUGGUCAUCCAGGCCGCCGGCCAGAUCACACGCUGGCUUGUCAACCGCGGUCGAAGCGAUUCAUGGCUGAUUAUCCUGGUCGUCUUUUCCGGCUCCGUCAUUGCGAGCGCCGUCUACUUUUUGUCGCGCAUUGCGCGCUUUCCGCAAAUCGACAACAUCGACGCCAUCCUCAUUGGCGUCACCAUUACGUCGGUCGUGUUCUUGUCGGCCUACGGCAUCGGCAGUGGCCGCGGCAACCCGGUCGAGUCGUCCCUGUUGUUUGCGUAUGUCGUCUUGUGCGUGUACCAGAUCUUCACCGACUACCAGCCGUCGUCGCCCGAGGCCGCGGAGCGCCGCCGGCAGCAGCAGCAGCAAGCAGCCGCGCUCGAGCCCGAGUUCCCGCCGCUGCCGCCCAUCAUCAUGGCGUCCUACUCGACGCUCGUGCACCUGCUGAGCACCUUGCCGACCGCUGUUAGCUCCGCCCUUCACUUUUUGCACGCCGCCUUCCAGACCAUUACGCCGUCCGUCAUCAUCUCCCUGACGUACCGCAUCAUUGUCUUUUAUUGCGCCACGCGCAUCAUCCCCGCCGUGCGCGAAUCCGGCGCCCGUGCCCUGCUGCAGGAGCCCACGCUCGAGGACUCGGACGCCGCUAGCAAGCUGCUCGGGUUCCUGUCGUGGUACUCCGCCUCGAUCCUCAUCGCCAUCUACACCAGCUUGCUGUUGCAGCACUUUACCGUCGCCUCCAACGCGGCUGGCCACGACGCCGGCUGGUCCUUGCUGCGUGCCGGCGAGAUCGCAGGCGGCACAACGACGCGCUGGGUCAAUGUUGUGGGCGUCAUGGUUCUCUACGCCGUCGAAAUGUACCUGGGCAGCGACGACAUGGACGGCGGCCUGACCAACCACUGGAAGAUGGAGUAA